CUUUUCCUCUCCUCUCAUUCGCCGCGGCGCACGUUAACCUCCUCCGCCGUAAUCCACCACACGCCCCGGACCGGAGGGAGUUGUUAGAGCUUCGUUGAUUUUAUCCGAUCGUCAUUAACUGCGAGAGAUCUGUGGCGAGAAACAGAAAGUGAACAAUUUUGUUUUGGGAAGGCAAAUCUAGGGUUAGUGGUUUGAUGCGUUGUCGGUCCGCCCAAACGGGUUGUAGUUGGGGCGGGAGCCUGAGAUGGCUAAUCAUGGAGUGGGGAACAAGUUUUUGUCCGUCAAUCUAAACAAGUCGUAUGGCCAAUCAUCUACCCAUCAUCAUCAACAUCAUUAUCACGGUUCUUAUGGUUCCAAUCGGGGGGGACGGACUAGUGGUGGUGGAGGAGGAGGAAUGGUUGUCCUUUCACGGCCUCGCAGCUCACAGAAGUCUGGGCCCAAGCUUUCUGUUCCACCCCCCUUGAAUCUGCCCUCACUACGCAAGGAACACGAACGGUUUGAUUCAUCGGGGUCAGGUGCUGGUACCACUGGUGGAGGAAUUUCUGGAAGUGGGUCAAGGCCCACAUCAUCCGGCAUGGGUUGGAGUAAGCCUGGCACUGUUGCUUUGCAGGAGAAGGAAGGGUUUGUUGGUGAUCAUGUCGGUGGUGGUGUUGAUCAUGGUUUUAAUAUUGGUGAUGAGGUCAGUAAGGGAGGCAAUGGCGUUUAUAUGCCGCCUUCAGCAAGGUCUGGUGUGGUGGGGCCUUCAGCUUCUGCCUCGUCCCCAUCCUUUCCUCAAUUUGAGAAAGCAACUGUGUUGAGGGGAGAGGACUUUCCUACAUUACAGGCAGCUUUACCUGUUGUAUCUGGAACUGAAAAGAAACAGAAAGAUAGUUUGAACCUUAAACAGAAGCAGGUGGCAGCUGAGGAGUUGUCUAGUGAGAAAAGAGCCAGUUCUCGUUCAAGCCUUCUUGUUGAAAUGCGUCCGCAGUUGGGACAUAAUAGUAUUGGUAACGAAUUGGGUGGCAGUGGUGGUCAGGGUCCUGGCCUGAGUGCUUCUCAUGCAUCAGAGCCAGCUCAAAAACAGGAGGAUUACUUUCCAGGGCCAUUGCCAUUGGUUCGUUUGAACCCAAGGUCUGAUUGGGCUGAUGAUGAACGUGAUACAGGUCAUGGUUUGACAGACCGGGGAAGGGAUCAUGGGUAUUCAAAAGGUGAGGCUUACUGGGAUAGUGAUUUUGAUAUGCCAAGAGUCAGUUUGCUGCCGCACAAAUCAGCUCAUAGUCUGGUUGACAGGUGGGGACAGCGUGACAAUGAAACUGGAAGGAAUUCCUCCAGUGAAGUCACAAAAGUGGACCCUUACAGCAGGGAUGUAAGAACAGCGAGUAGAGAAGGACAGGAAGGAAACUCUUGGAGAGCUUCAUCCCCUCUCUCAAAAGAGGGAUUUAGUUCCCAAGCCAUUGGAAAUGACCGAAAUUUUAUUGAUGUGAGGCCUACUCUGAACAGAGAAAAGGAUAGUAAGUCCGUGCAAUCUCAUUUCCAUGACAAUGCUCAGGAUGAUAUUGGGAAGAGGGAUUUGGGGUAUGGUCGUGGAGGGAAACAACCAUGGAACAACACUAUUGAUACAUUUAGCAGUCGGAUGUCUGAGAGGAAUACAAGAGAGCGGUUUGGAAGUGAACAAAACAACAGAUACAAAGGCGAUAUCUUUCAGAAUGGCUCAUCAUCCAAAUCUUCUUUUUCUUUGGGUAGUAGGGGGCUUUCAGUUAAUGAUCCUAUAUUAAAUUUUGGCAGGGAGAAACGCCCAUUUUCCAAAAAUGAAAAACCUUAUGUAGAGGACUCCUUCCUGAAGGACUUUGGGCCUACUAGUUUUGAUGGACAAGAUCCUUUUUCUACAAGUCUCGUAGGUGUGGUUAAGAGGAAGAAGGAUGUGCUUAAACAGACUGAUCUUCAUGACCCUGUCAGGGAAGCUUUUGAGGCUGAGCUGGAGAGAGUGCAAAUGAAGCAAGAACAGGAAAGGCAACGGAUUAUGGAAGAACAGGAAAGAGCUUUGGAACUAGCUCGCAGAGAAGAAGAGGAGAGACUGCGAUUGGCAAGGGAACAAGAAGAGUUGAAAAGAAGGUUGGAAGAAGAAGCCAGAGAAGCUGCUUGGAGAGCUGAACAAGAGCGAUUGGAAUCAGUCCGUAGGGUGGAAGAACAGAGGAUAGCUAGAGAAGAAGAAAAGCACAGGAUUCUUAUGGAGGAGGAGAGGAGAAAACAGGCUGCAAAACAAAAGCUCUUAGAAUUGGAGGAAAAAAUUGCCAAGAGACAGGCUGAAGCAUCAAAGAGUGGUGAUAAUUCUUCUGCUGUAGGAGAGGAGAGAAUUUCCGAGGUAGUGAAAGGAAGAGAUGUCUCCAAAGCAGCAGAUGUGGGUGACUGGGAAGAUGGUGAAAGAAUGGUUGAGAGAAUCACAACCUCAGCUUCUUCUGAUUCCUCUGGACUGAGUAGGCCAUUUGAAACAAGUUCUAGGACUCACUUCUCUAGAGAUGUUUCCUCUGUUUUUUCAGGUAGAGGAAAGAACUUUAAUGCAUGGGGGAGGGAUGUAUUUGAAAAUGGAAACAGCUCAACCUUCAUCCAACAAGACAACGAGACUGGUCACCAUAGCCCCAGGCGAGAUGGAUCUGCUGUGGGUAGACCAUUUCCAAGAAAAGAGCAUAAUGGAGGAGCUGGAUUUGCUUCUUCUAGAGCAUAUUAUAGAGCAGGUAAUCCAGAGCACCACAUGGAAGAGUUUAGUAAUUCAAAAGGUCAAAGGUGGAAUAUUCCUGGGGAUGGAGAUCAUUUUGGCAGAAAUGCUGGGAUUGAAUCUGAAUAUCACAAGAAUCCGUUGGAAAAUUAUGGUGAUAUUGCAUGGGGGCAGCAUUCUCAUAGUAAUCCAUAUCCUCCCUACCCUGAAAGAUUUUAUCAAAACCCUGAGGGAGAAGGGGUCUCAUCCUUUGGGAGGUCACGGUAUUCUAUGAGGCAGCCCCGUGUUCUACCCCCUCCAUCUUUGUCUUCAAUGCAGAAGACCUCCUAUAGGGGUGAGGGUGAACUUUCUGGUCCUUCAAAUUUCCAACAAAAUGAGAUCCAGUACAGUCAUCCAAUAAGGAGUGGAUCUACCAUAGAGGCAGGUUGUGAUAGUGUUCGUCAAGAUCUUAUUGGGCGGCUUGGAAUCAUUAAUGCCCAGCAGGAGAAUACUGAAAAUGAAUUGCAGAAAUUGGAUGGGGACACAGCAAGGUGUGCCUCACAGUCCUCACUAUCUGUUUCUAGCCCACCUGAUUCUCCAGUUCAUCUUUCUCAGGAUGACUUGGAUGAGUCUGGAGAUUCUAUUAUCUUGUCAUCUGGUGAAGGUAAAGAUGUUGCUGUCUCUGGGCUUGGCAAUGACCCUCUUGUCUUGCCUUCUGAAGCUGGAAAAGAGAAUAUGUUUACUGCCUCCAAUUCUAUUUCUGCUGGUGAGGAUGAUGAAUGGAACAUUGAUAGCAAUGAACAGUUGCAGGAGCAAGAAGAAUAUGAUGAGGAUGAAGAUGGCUACCAGGAAGAAGAUGAAGUGCAUGAAGGAGAUGGUGGGAAUAUUGUUCUGACUCGGGACUUUGACAAUAUGCAUCUAGAGGAGAAGGAGGCAUCUGAUAUAAUGGACAACUUGGUCCUAGGCUUCAAUGAGGGUGUUGAGGUCGGGUUGCCAAAUGAUGAGUUGGAAAGAAGUUCAAGGACUGAAAAUGCUGCAUUUGCAUUGCUGCAGGAUUCUGUUGGUACAGUAGAAGAAAAGGAAUCUUUCAAUGGGAUGCAUGCUGGACAAACCCUCGAAUCUAUGGAUGCUCCUCAUGUGAAUUUAGAUAGUUCUGCUAGAAUCCUCCAGGAAACUGACGAGGGAAUGCAGGAUCUGGUUAUUCAGCCCAGUGACAUUCAUCAAAUAUCACCAGCACCUGAGCUUGUGGAUCAUGUUGAUGCUAGUAGUUCUGCUGUGUCUGCUUCCCAUGCAGUCAGGUCUUCUGAUCACACUGCCAUGAGUACUGCAUCGUCUUUACAGAAUCAUGGGGAGACACCCGUGAAGCUUCCAUUUGGGCUUUUUUCUGGUCCUUCUUUGAUACCAUCUCCAGUGCCAGCCAUACAGAUUGGUUCUAUUCAGAUGCCUCUUCACCUUCAUCCCCAGGUUUCCCCAUCACUCACUCACAUGCACCCAUCACAGCCUUCUUUAUUCCAAUUUGGUCAGCUGAGGUAUACAUCUCCUAUUUCCCAGGGAGUGCUGCCAUUGGCUCCUCAAUCGAUGUCUUUUGUUCAGCCCAAUGUUCCAAAUAAUUUUUCUCUCAACCAAGGUGCUGGAGCUCCUCUGCCUAUCCGUCAAGCUCAAGAGGCUUCCUCUCAUAAUCUGCUAAAAACAGAAGUUCCAUCUCUUCUUGGUAAUCAAUCUAGCCUAGGCUCUAGAUCCUUGGAUUUAUCUCAUGGGACUGUUUCUAAUGAGCAGAACUCUUUGCCAGCUAGAGAAAGUGGAAAAACUGUUGUGACACAGCAGGGUCAAGUGGAGAUUUCAAAUGUUGAUGGUGGCAGUGCUAGCGUUGAGUCAGGCUUCCUAUUACAAGAUCAGGGCAACCAGAACUCAGUUGUAAGGAACUUUAAAUCCUUGUCUAAUAAGGAAUCAGAAGUCCAGCUUCAAACUGUCCUGGUAGCAUCUCAGUCAGUUCCUAAAGAGAAAGAUUCAAGUGGGUCAAGGGCUCAUGGGAAAAUAUAUGGGAGUCGGGGAAAAAAGUAUGUUUUCACAGUUAAAAAUGCUAACCUGAGUUCAUUUCAGUCUUCAGAGGCAUCUUCCCACCAAGAUUCUAGCGGAUAUCAGAGGAGGGCUCAGCGUCUGCGAUCUGAGUUUAGAAUUCGAGAAACUGCUGAUAAGAAGCAGGCUACUGGGAUAGUUUCUUCAGACCAGUCAAACCACCUUGGUCCAUAUGAUAAGUCAAAUGCCAAUGGAAGGGGUGCUGGAUAUUCCACAAGAAAUGGAGUUAGAAAAGCUCUGGUGCUGAAUAAAUCCAAGCAGUCAAUUGAAUCAGAAGGGUCUGGUUCUGGUCCAGUUAGUUCACGGGAGAUAUAUUCUGGGAAUAGGGCUGAAAAAACUGCUGGAAAAGAAUUAUCAAUUAAGAGCCAGAAUAUCCCACACUCUGGAGAGGGCAGCCUAAAAAGGAACAUUGAAGAUGAUGUGGAUGCUCCUCUGCAAAGUGGCAUUGUUCGUGUUUUUCAGCAACCUGGCAUAGAAACCCCUAGUGAUGAAGAUGACUUCAUUGAGGUUAGAUCAAAGAGGCAAAUGUUGAAUGAUAGGCGUGAACAGAGAGAAAAAGAAAUCAAAGCAAAAUCCCGAGUCACAAAGCUGCCACAAAAACCUCGUUCAAAUACACAAGGUACUAUUGGCUCAGCCAGCUCAAAUAAAGGUUCUGUAUCAGCAAAUGAAGAAGCAGUAAAAACUGUUCGAUCUAAUUUUGUUUCCAAGGCACGUAACUUAGCAAGCAUUGAAGGAUCAGCAGGAUUUAGUACUGGGAUAGUAUCUCAACCUUUGGCUCCAAUAGGCACUCCUGCCUUUAAAAAUGAUGCCCAGACGGUGAAGUCCAUCCAGACAAGCUCUCUUCCCACUCCACCAAAUGGUGGAACAAACCUUGUUUCAGGAUUUGUGUUUGAGAGCAAGAAUAAAGCCCUGGAUAGCAUUCAGACAACAUUGUCUUCAUGGGGAAAUUCAAGGAUUAAUCAACAGGUGAUGUCAUUAACACAGACUCAACUUGAUGAUGCCAUGAAGCCUCUGCAAUUUGACUCUGGUGCUUCAAUUGGAGAUAGCACUUCCUCAGUUGGUGAGCCUACUAUGCCGUCAUCCUCCAUCUUGACGAAGGACAAGUCAUUUUCAUCUGCUGCAAGCCCAGUAAACUCUCUGCUUGCUGGGGAGAAAAUACAAUUUGGUGCUGUUACAUCACCAACAGUACUCCCUCCCUGCAGUCGUACUGUUUCACAUGGGAUUGGCCCUCCAGGUCCAAGUCUAUCUGAAAAACAAAUAUCUCGCAAUAUUUCUGCAUCUGAGAAUGAUUGCACCUUAUUCUUUGAAAAAGAGAAACACUCAAAUGAAUCUCGCAUUCAUCUGGAAGAUUGUGAAGAUGAAGCUGAAGCAGCUGCUUCAGCUGUUGCUGUUGCAGCUAUUACUAAUGAUGAGAUUGUUGGGAACAGACUGGAUACUACUUCUGUCUCUGCUUCAGACACGAAAAGUUUUGGAGCUACAGAUAUUGAUGGUGUAGCUGGUGAUCAGCAGAUAGCAAGUCAAUCUAAGUCUGAAGAGUGUCUAAGCGUAGCUCUUCCAGCAGAUCUUUCUGUUGAUAACCCCCCGAUUUCCUUAUGGCCACCUUUGCCUAGUCCACAGAAUUCUUCAAGUCAGAUGAUUUCACAUUUUUCUGGAGGCCCUCCUUCACAUUUUCCCUUUUAUGAGAUGAAUCCAAUGUUGGGGGGUCCCAUUUUUGCUUUUGGAGCACAUGAGGAAUCUGCAUCUACCCAACCACAGUUGCUGAAGAGUAAUGCACCAUCUUCAAGUCCAUUGGGUACCUGGCAUUCUGGAGUAGAUUCAUUCUAUGGCCCUCCUGCAGGAUUUACUGGUACUUUUAUUGGCCCACCUGGAGGUAUUCCUGGAGUUCAAGGUCCACCCCAUAUGGUUGUUUACAAGCAUUUUGCUCCAGUAGGACAGUUUGGGCAGGUUGGAUUGAGUUUCAUGGGUACAACCUAUAUCCCAUCUGGAAAACAACCUGACUGGAAACACAACCCUGUUUCUUCUGCUAUGGGUGUUGUUGAGGGGGAUGUAAGCAAUAUGAAUAUGACAUCUUCCCAGUGUAAUCCUACCAACAUGCCUGCACCAGUUCAGCAUCUUGCCUCUGGUUCUUCACUUCUGCCUAUGGCUUCUCCACUCGUGUUUGAUGUUUCUCCUUUCCCGUCAUCACCUGUCAUGUCUGUUCCAGCUCGUUGGUCUCAUGUCCCUGCAUCCCCUCUUCAGUCUAUGCCAUUGCAGCAACAUCCUGAAGGUGCAAUUCCUUCUCAGUUUAACCAGGGGCCUUCUGUUGAUCAGUCAUUAACUAGCAACAAGUUCCUUGAGCCACAAUCAUCAACACCAUCUGAUGGUAGCCAGAAAUUCCCUUUGGCAGCAGGCGCAACUGUCUCCCAGUUGCCUGAUGAACUAGGGUUGGUUGAGCCAUCUAGCUCCAUAUUUGUAGGAGCUUCAACACAGAGUAUUGCUGCUAAGAGUUCAUCCCUAAGUGCAGUUUCUGAUACUAGUACCAGUAAGAAUACUGAUGUCCAAAAUGGCAAUGGCAGUAACAACAGUGGCCAACACACUAGUUCUGCCUUCAAGACCAAUUCUUCUCAGCAAAAGAAUGUGUCCUCUCAGUACGGUAAUUCCUCUGGGUAUAACCAUCAAAGAGGAGGUGGUGUUUCCCAAAAGAACAAUUCUGGGGAAUGGUCCCACCGUAGAACGGCCUUCCAAGGAAGGAACCAGUCCUUUGGUGGUGAUAAGAACUUUUCUUCUUCAAAGAUGAAGCAGAUUUAUGUAGCUAAACAACAGCCCACGAGUGGGACUGGGACAUAAGCAACAUCAUGAUGAAAGGAAGAGUGGGCUUCUCAAGAACCAGUUGAAGGGAGGAACAAAUUUGAAGGUGCCUCUUCUUCGCCUUGUUUCUUUUUAGUUAAUUUUGUCAUAUCAGUGGCUGCUAGAUAGUGGUGAGUGCCUUGGUUUGGAUAUUAACAGUGUCUAUUAAUGUAUCUGUGCUGGUUUGGUAGUGAAGUUUGAAGUACUGAUAUGGUAAAGAGCAGUUUUGUUUUCCUGUGACAUUUUAGUGGUGUGUGCUAGCAGCCACGGCCCGGUCGACAGUGUCUAUUCAAAAGGGUUUUCUGUAGAAUUUAAACGUUCAUGCACCGACUACCAUUUGUUGAGUCACUCUUUUAGGUGCAUAAGUUUCUUUUGAUUGAUGUAACAAAAUUGUUGACGAUACAGCUGCUAAUUUUUUAAAGUAUAAUGAUAAAUGUAGGCUCGGAAA